GCAAUUGAGUUGCACUACGCCCACGGCUACCUGGGCAACACAUGGCUGUCCCCACUCUCAAACACGCGGACCGACAGAUACGGCGGUUCACUGGAAAACCGGAUGCGCUUCGGGUUAGAGACGGCACAGAGAGUGCGGAAAGUCAUCCCUAAAGAGACCCCACUUUUAGUACGUAUUUCGGUCACCGAUUACGGCAACGGGGGAUGGGAUGUGACACAGAGUGUGGAGUUCGCCAAACGGCUGAAGGCUAUCGGCGUCGAUGUCGUGGACUGUAGUUCCGGUGGUGUCGUCGGAAACGUAGACUACGGGCCCUUCAAUACGCCAGAAGUGCAGCACAAAGCGGCCGCUACUAUACAACGAGAGGCCGGUAUCCCGACGGCAACCGUCGGCAAAAUAGUGCAUCCCUUUCAGGCGGAAAAGCUGUUGCAGGAUAAUAGUGCGACCCUUAUAUUCAUCGGUAGGGCGUUACUCAAUAACCCCCACUGGGCUUAUGGUGCGGCCGACGUGUUGGCAAACUCCGAGACUUUUAAAUAUCCCGAUCCCUACAACUGGUGUAUCGGUUGGCAAGGCUUUUAUAAGUGGCGACAGGACUUACUUACGGAUCAAAACAAUAAUUAA